CAUUAUGAUGUCAGAGUGUCAGUGUCAGUGUUGUUGUUAAAAUACUCAUAAGAACAAUCACCAUGAUAAAAAAAUAUAAUUUAAUUAAUUUUUUAAUAUUAAAUUUAGCUAAUUUAAUUUAUUGUAAAUUACCAUAUCGUCCAGUUGUUAUUAUCCAUGGUGUAUUAACUGGUAGUGAAAGUAUGGAACUGAUAAGUUCAAGGAUACAAGAGAUGCAUCCUGGUACUCAAGUAUACAAUACACCACGUUAUGCUGGAUGGAAUAGUUUGGAGCCAAUGUGGCAUCAAGUUGAACAAAUUGGUGAAGAUGUUAUGGCUAUUGCAGCAGCAUAUCCAGAAGGUAUACAUCUUCUUGGUUACAGUCAAGGUGGUCUUGUUGCACGAGCAAUAUUACAAAGAUAUCCAGAACACAAUGUACGAACAUUUAUUUCACUUAGUUCACCACAAGCUGGUCAAUUUGGAACAAAAUUUUUACGUUUAUUUUUUCCUGAUUUGGUUUGUGAAACUGCUUAUGAAUUAUUUUAUUCAAGAGUUGGUCAAUUAAGUAGUGUUGGAAAUUAUUGGAAUGAUCCCUAUGAACAAAAAUUAUACAUGAAGUAUUCGAAAUUUUUACCGUUUGUAAAUAAUGAAGCCAAGUCAUUGAACACUACGUUAUUUAAAGCAGCAUUAACAAAAUUAAAUAAAAUGGUACUGAUUGGUGGUCCAGAUGAUGGUGUGAUAACCCCAUGGCAAAGUAGUCAAUUUGGUUAUUAUAAUAAUAACGCAACAGUUGUUGAUAUGAGAGAAAGAGAAAUUUAUCAAACUGAUGCAAUUGGACUUAAGACACUUGAUAAUGAAAAAAAAUUAACAAUUCAUACUGUAGCACAAAUACCACAUUUUAUGUGGCAUAAAAAUAUAUCAAUUGUUGAUAAAUAUAUUUUACCAUAUCUCGAUUGA